ACCGCACGGCCUGCCCUCCGCAGAGGGCGGGGAAACCAGCAGACCUGGAAGUGUGGCUGCGAGGGAAGCGCUCCCGCGUGCUGUUUUCAAUAUCGAUUUCUUAAGGCCUCGGCGCGAGAGUCCAGCUGGUGGAACGGCGAGCGGUAGAACUCCUCUCUGAGACACGCCUCCGGCCUCCGGCCCGCCUCUGCCUUCCUCACUGGCCUGUCCGGAAUCGUUUCUUUUUCGAGUUUCCCGCGGGGGAGUAUGCCUCGGAGACGACCAACCGCAGCUGAGAGUCUUGCCGGCGCGGCCAACUAGAGGCGAGGGUGAGAGCCCGGCGGGGCCGCGAGGAGAGCGCGCACGGCCCCUCCCCCUAGGGUGGCGGCUGCGGUGGGGACAGGCUUACCCUUUCGCAGCCCUCUCCAGGUCUCCGGGCCCAGCCAUGUCCCAUCAGACCCCUCUGGGCUCCUCAGUGCCACAAGCCAACUGCCUGGACCUGUGGAGGGAAAAGAACGACCAGCUAGUUCGACAGGCCAAGGUGGCUCAGGACUUGGGUCUGUCACCCAGGAGACAGCGGUUGGCUCAAGAUGCGCUGGAAGGGCUCAGAGGACUCCUCCACAGUCUGCAGGGACUCCCUGCAGCUGUUCUUGUUCUCCCCUUGGAAUUGACGGUGAUCUGCAACUUCAUUACCCUGAGGGCAAGCCUGGCCCAGGGUUUCACUGAGGACCAGGCACAGGAUAUCCAAAGGGGCCUAGAGAGAGUGCUGGAGACCCAGAAACAGGUGGGGCCCAGGCUAGAAUCUGGGCUCGGGCUCAGGGGCCUGUGGAACUCCGUCCUCCAUGCUUCCUCCCUUCUGCCGGAGCUGCUCCCUGCCCUGCACCACCUGGCUGGCCUGCAGGCUGCCCUUUGGCUGAGCACUGACCAUCUUGGGGACCUGACCUUGCUGCUGCAGACCCUGAAUGGCAGCCAGAAUGGGUCCUCUGAGGACCUGCUGCUCCAUCUAAAAACUUGGAGCCCCCCAGCUAAGGAAUCAGAUGACCCACUGACCCUGCAGGAUGCCCAAGGCUUGAGGGAUGUCCUUCUGACAGCAUUUGCCUAUCGCCAAGGCCUCCAGGAGCUGAUCGUAGGAAACCUGCCCAGGGCACUGAGCAGCCUGCAUGAAGCAGCCUCAGGUCUAUGCCCACGGCCUGUGUUGGUCCAGGUGUACACAGCGCUGGGGACUUGUCUCCGAAAGAUGGGCAAUCCACAGAGAGCUCUGCUAUACUUGGUUGCAGCCGUGAAAGGGGGAUUAAUCUGUGGUCCCCCGCUUCUGGAGGCCUCUAGGCUGUAUCAGCAACUGGGGAACACAGCAGCAGAGCUGGAGAGUCUGGAGCUUCUGGUUGAGGCCUUGAGUGUCACUCCUAGCUCUGAAGUCCCCCAUUUUCUUAUUGAGGUAGAGCUGCUACUCCCAGAACCUGACCCAGCCUCACCCCUUCACUGUGGCACACUGAGCCAGGUCAAACACCUGCUAGCCCGCCGAUGCCUACAGACGGGAAGGACAGAGGAUGCUGUAGAGCAUUACUUGGACCUACUGGCCCUGUUGUUGGAUGGCUGGGAGCCAAAGUUUUCUCCACUCCCCUGCCCUCGAGGGCUGUGUAUGCCUGAGAUAUUCUUGGAGGCAGCAGCAGCACUGAUCCAGGCAGGCCAAGCUCAGGAUGCUUUAACCAUAUGUGAGGAGCUGCUGAGCCGUACAUCAUCUCUGCUUCCAAAAAUGCCCUGGCUGUGGAAAAAUGCCAGAACAGGAACCAAGGAGUCACCACACUGCCCACCCUGGGUCUCUGCCACCUACUUGCUUCAGGGACAAGCCUGGGUGCAACUAGGAGACCCAAAACAAGCAAUUAGUGAAUUUAGCCGGUGCCUUGAGCUGCUCUUCCGGUGCAUACCUAAGGAUAAAGAACAAGGACCCGCUACCAACUGUGAACAAGGGUGUAUGUCAGAUGUGGCACUACAACAGCUUCGGGCAGCUGCCCUGAUUAGUCGUGGACUAGAAUGGGUGGCCAGUGGCCAGGAUACCAAAGCACUACAGGACUUCCUCCUCAGUGUGCAGGUGUGUCCAGGUAAUGGAGAUGCUUCAUUUCACCUGCUUCAGACUCUAAGGAGACUGGAUCGGAGGGAUGAGGCCACUGCUCUUUGGCGGAAGCUGGAGGCCCAAACUAAGUUGCCACAGGAGAACGCUACAUGGUCUCUCCCCCUGUACCUUGAAACCUGUUUGAGCUGGAUUCGUCCUCCUGGCCAUGAAACCCUUCUUGAAGAUUUUCGGACAUCUCUGCUGGAGCCUUGUAACUAGUAACUGCCAAGUUUAGAAGAAUCUGAGCUGGGGCCCUAGAGGGCCAUUUUUCUGUGGGGAGGGCUUUCUUCUUUACCCUCCUUGGGGAAUGUGUUUGGAGCUGACCAUUCCCAUAUAUGUCCAGCUUUUGAAAGGUUGGUGAUAUUCCUGAAAAAAUUUUUGGCCUAGUUAUUGCCAUCUGGUUCCAGAGAUACCCCUCCCCCCAACAAGGCAUUGACUUUGCUCAAAGCACCUUUUUCCCUGUUUCUCCUUUUCUUGUGUUGAGUAAAACCUCAUAUCUA